CUUAGUUAUCAUUUCGAUUUGAACUUCCAGUCGUUCACAAAGGAGAAAGCAAGAGGCUAUAGUAAGCAAACGUGAACCUGAUUAAAUUGUAUUCUGGAAAAGGUGUUCUGGAAGAGAUCACAGGAUGAAAUUCUUGUUGGCUUACCUGGUUAACCUGGUAUUGCUCUUGCUUGUAGUAGACUGUCUCAGCGAUAUUACUGACUUAGAAGAUGAUGCUGGAGAGAAGGAGGUCUGUAGAAUGCAAAUGAGAGAUGGAUAUUGCCCUAAGUCGUUUCAAAUAGCGAGAGACGGUUUGGUCGUUGAUUCGGGAACUAGAGAUGUUCUUCAUCGUUCAGAUAGCGAUAUUUUCUUGUUUUCACAGGAUUGGAAUACUAGGUUGACUCCACUCCGUGUGUCUAUACAAGGUGAUGGACGGAUUUUAUUUGAUGACGGAAAGCAGUGUGUGGCGAUAUACGAAGACAGAUCCGCCCGAACGGCGUUUUGGUUGGUUCCUAGGGAAAKUUCAGACGAAAUGUGUCAGGAUAAAAGCGGCCUGUUUCGUCUAGUAUCUUCAGGGAUAUCCUGGUUCUCUAGUGAUUCUUCUCAAAAGGCCGACAGGAUUGACUCGAACAUAAAUCAUUGCCAAAAAUUUGAACGAAGGCUCUGCAGUCUAGCUGAAGUUUGYCCUCCMAGCCCCGSUGGUCAGAGUGUUGCUGGCGUCGUCGUCACUGGUGAAAGUUCCACAAAAGCACUUCUCGUGGAAGGACAGACAUUUGUUGACGCUGURACUUGUAAAACAGUCAAAGAUGACUUGUCUAGUUAUGACGUUGAUGGCUUUUUAUGCUGUCCAACUGAAAACUUACCAAGAGUUAAAAACCUUGUCAACCGUGGUUACGGUUUCCUAAUGCAUAAAAGUGGGCUAUGCGUGGAUUAUAACAGUGGUGUUCUGUCUCUCAACAACGAAUGUAACAGUCAAACUGCUCUCAUGAUCUGGUCACGUGAUGGAGCUAUUAAGCAGGGUACCGAGUGUAUUAUUCCUAAAUCGUUUGGACGAUGUCCUCCUUUUCAGUUCACGAAUGACAACUCUCUACAAAACGUAUUUACCGGUAAAUGUCUGGUCCCAAACGCGGGGGAAUUGAGCCCCACACCUGGCACGGUGCUAGUUGAACAGGCAGCGUGUGGAGAGGAAUACUCAAGCUUCACAUUAAAGAAGGCCAAAGGAUACUUGAAACAUUUCAGCAAUAAGUGUGUGGGUGUGAAUGCAGACAAACUUGUGAUCAAAGACACGUGUUCUACACUCGAAGAAGUUUUUCAAAAAGAACAGUUCAAAUCUGAUUUGAUUCAUUCAGCAAGUGGAAAGUGCGUCGCAAAACCCAGCCAAGACGGCGAGGCACUUACUCUCACAGACUGUGCAUCACGUUCAAAAGUGGCAAAGUUGACCUUUGAUGGGAAAACUCUUGGUUUCGGUGAAGACAAGUGCGUCCAGACUCGAGGUGGCGGAGAAAGUCCGGCAAAUAACGAUGAAUUGGUAAUCGGAACAGGAUGCUCGAGUGAAGYRUCGCGAUUCUAUUUUACAGAUGCCGUACUUUGCGAGGAAUCUUGCCAAUGUGUUGAAGGCUACGAGAAGAACAGUAAUGGGCACUGCUUUCCCGUUAACAAUUGCAAAGUUGGUAAUGGCGGUUGCCUUGAUGAAGCAAAGUGUGUAAAUACAGGCCCCGGUACAAGCAUGUGUGUAUGCCCCACUGGUUAUCAGCUGAAGUCAGAUGGAAUAUCUUGCGAACAAUGCCCAGACAAGAACUGCUACAGUCAGUGUCAGUUUAUGGACUACAAUGAACUUAAAACUUUAAUUAGCCUGCAAGACCAUUUUGAGGUUCGCUUCAUGACUAUCAAAACAUCUGAUUUAUCUCCAUAUUUAACAGGAAUUAAGACUAAAGAACUCGUAAUUUAUACCCACCAAAUCACUAUAUCUGGGGAACUAAAAGUACCAGAAACCAUUGAGAAAUUUGCAAUAUUUGCAAAUGAAAUCUUGAGAGAAGAUGGAGCACAAAUUGUAUUAGGAAAUACGGCGACAAAAAGUGGUCGUAGUGCAGUUGUUAAAGUUGAAGACGACAAACUCCUAUGUGAAAAUCAAUAUUCUGCGAAAUGGGUAGGCAUUGUUCAAGGAACGGUUUUUAAUAUUUAUACAUCUAAAACAUCAGCACCUUUCUCGUGCUCUGGAAACUACAACUCGAGGGACAUGUCAAUACAAGCUACUAUCAAAUCUAAAGGAAAUCCAAAAAGAUCUCUAGACGCUGAACUGUAUUCCAUUAUACUAAAUUGUGCCAAGGUCAAGGCGCAGGGAACACCAUUUUCAAAAGACGGCAAGUUGCUCAAAGGAAGUCUUCCUGUGUCAUUGAUUGAAUAUGUUCUGGAUGAUAUCAGAGCGGCUAAGGAGGGACAACUGGAUACAUCUUCAGCAAACGUUCUAAGAUUAGUCGCAAAAAACCUGAUGGAAGAUCUGUCCAUUCGUGCCAGUGGAUACCAUAGAGUUCCUUACUUGUCUCUGAAAGCUCACGAGAAGAUUCUAGUCCUCAUCAAGGAUGACGCCAAAAUGGCCAUACAAAAAUACGAAAGGUUCGAAAGAAUAACUCAAGAUUUUGAUACAAGACUUGAAGCAACAGAUUCCAUGACGGAGCUUUUGUCAACUAUUGUAAGGAAAAAUGACCUGGAAGUUGCAUCUCUUAAAACGCAGCUUGAAUUAGCAAAAGCGGAUAUGAAAGCAAUGAAAGACAAAUUGGAAGAAGCAAAAACUGCUUUAGAGACAGAAAAAGAAGUUUUUGCUGACGGAGUUCGUGAUUACCAAAACAAAAUGAUUGCAAACGCAGUGUUUUCYGUGAUUGGGGGCGUUACGUCGAUAUUUGCUGCUGGGGCUGGUGGUGUUGUCGGUUUUACAAUUGAACUCGGUGAUCUAGCCGCCGAUAUAGGCAAACUGCAGAAAACCAUGUUCAAGUUAGGCAUUGUCAUGGAUUCUAUUACCAAUAUAGCAGAUGCAGCAAAUACAUUCACGGAUCUUAAAUAUGAUGUCAUACCCUAUGCUGAUGCUGGAGUGUCCGAUUACUACUCUAAAUCUAUGCCCGAGUUCAAAGACAAGAGUUUGGCAGUGUUGCUAAAGGAGUGGGAUGUAUUUGAAGCAGAGGCAAACGCAUUCCUUACAGUUGGAACAGCCAGUGAAAUAUCAGGAGCAUCAAAUUACGUAGCAGCGCUUAGCACGGUGGCAAUCUGGGGAAGGGGAUACCACGAAAAAUCUAUUACAGUUCAAGACAUUCUAUCGACCUUGACUAUGCUGGAGACUCUUCAGAAUGACCAGCAUGAUGCACAAAAAAAGAUAAAAGCAUCUCGAGAAAAUGCACUUGUUGAUGUGCAGGUAAAUGGAGUACUUCUGACUGAAAUGGCCUUGCAAAAACAGCGACUUCGCAACAUUAUGAUUGACAAGCUAAUGCUCUUCUGUGAUUCUUAUUUCUACAACUGGCUGUCGGAAUGUCCCGUAAUGCCAUACAUGUCAGAUGACUUGUAUGCGUUGCAUGAGAAAGUGAAUCAGGGACUCAGCGCUGUUAUCAACGCUGUAGAGAAUUUUGCCCCUUUCAUUCCACAGGAAUUUGAAGCAACAAUAAUCCUAAAGGACAAUAGAGAAAAAUGCAGUGCUGAAGGGAAAAAGAGGUCUGCUGAUGAUGCACACACGUCGGCCUUGAACACAUUAGAAUGCCCUGUAUCAGAGCUUAAGCGCGCUAAAGAAUUUCUAUUCAAGAUUAACGAAAAAGACCCAUUUAUCUUCAGGGGUCACGAGCGGGUCCACGUUGAAGACAUUGAAAUUUAUUUUGAGGAUGCCAAAUUUGACAAAGUAACAAGUGGAGACGAAGAGAAAGAAGACUGGGAUCUAGCAGAGUCAGGAGUAAAGAAACAGAGAACACCAGCAAGGCCAAAGAAAAAAAGGUCAUUAAAACAAGUUAUAACGGCAUGGAUUUCAUUUACCGGAAAAAUGACAGAUGUAUUCAGAGGAAAGCGCUAUCAGUUCCUUGCUCCUCCCCGAAUUAUAGAAUUCUCCUACAGGAUAAAUCUAGAUAACACCUACGAAGUAACUCAGUCUGGGAAAGUGAGCAGCAAAUUUCAAGAAUACUACGACGGCAUUUCUGCCCUUACGACGUGGAGUGUUAUCCUUCCUAAAUCGGUGAACAAACGAAACCUGAAUUUAGACGGGGUAAAAUUGAUUAAGAUCAAGGUAAAAGGGACAAGAGUACCUGUACAGCCUGUCAAAAGACGUAGGAAUGAUUUGAGCGAGGUCCCGGGAGUGGCAAAGGAUCAUGCAAGAGUUCAGAAGAGGAAUGGUACGACAGAAAAGCAUUUCAGGGAAAGGUUCCAAUUAAAGUAAUAGACUCUGCAGAAUCUUGGGAAAAAAACAUUCUUGGUGCGUCUAAGAAAAAUAGAAUAAACUAGUCUAGACUGUAUGUACGAAACUCAAUAAAACUUAUGUUUUGUUGUCGA